AUGGUCUGCCUUGCGCAGCUUGCCAUUCAAUGGUACGCGCUGCAAUGGGAGUUCAUUAUUAAUGGAAAAACUCGACAAGACUCGUAUCUCGCCAUACUCCAAAAUCCUGAAGCUCUGGUCUUGGCGUCUUUUGUCACUUCGUACUCAGUUGUGGUUAUUGCGGAUGGGCUACUGAUCUGGCGCUGCUUCUACGUUUGGAACCGCUCUCUUCGAAUUAUAGCAAUCCCAUUUCUGCUUUUCGUUGCAGAGACCGGGAUGAUAUUGGCUGCUAUCAUCAUCAAUGGCAUUAACGGAUCUCUUGUCUUAACUCAAAAGCAAGCGAUGAUAAUGAACAACCUUCUAGCAGCUGGCUUUUUUGUGUCAUUUGGUACCAGCCUUUCAACAACUUUGUUGAUCGCCUAUCGCAUCUGGACGGUCUACAAAUUAGACGGCAAGCCUCUGAGGAGAUUCAAGAGCGUGCUCGAUAUAAUCAUCCAAUCCGCGGCUAUCAACUCUGUAGCGCUGCUCCUGACAGCAAUCACGCUCAUCAUACCGGACAGUGGCAAUAUCUUCAAUGCGCCAUUAUUCGCACUUGGAAAUUACGCCAAAGCCUUCUUCGUAGCUAUAUCGGGCCUCGCUCCUACAAUCAUGGUUGCUCGGAUUGCUUUCAUAGAUGAUGAUAGUGGCAACACAUUUAUUCCAUCCCAGACUCAACGACUGUCUAACCUUCAGUUCGGCGGAGGAAUGUCAACUCAGGAUCGCAGUGUAACGCAAGAUAUGUACAGGUACAGUGAUGCUGGCGCGAAGAUUCAAAAUGAGGAAGGUGUAUGA